AUGACUGAAGGAUAUAAACUUGGUGAUUUAGUUUGGGCUAAAAUGAAGGGUUUCAGCCCUUGGCCUGGCCGGGUGUCAAUUCCAACUCCAGAACUGAAACCUCCAAAGAAAGGUCUAAGUGUACAAUGCAUUUAUUUCUUCGGAACAAACAACUAUGCCUGGAUUGAAGAAAAUAAUAUCAAACCUUAUCAAGAGCAUAAGGAGCAAUUGAUGAAGUCGAGCAAGUCAUCUGCUUUUAAAGAGGCUCUCACUCAGAUAGAAGACUAUAUUGUCAACCCUGAGAACUUUGGAGACAUCGACGAACACGUGCGAAACUCUGAAGAAGAAUUCGACAAGCUAAAGGACGUGCUGCGAAAAGAGAGCACGGAGAGUGCUCCAGUGGAGGAAGCUACGCCUGAAGUGAAGAAAGAGAAAAAGAGCUCUACGCCAAAGAUACGUUUGGGUUCAAAGGUGAAGCCAAUCAAACGUUCUUCCUCUACGGGGCUGAAGGGUACCCCUCGCAAGAUGGCGAAGAGUUCCCGCUCGUUCACUGACACCGACCUGGCGAAUGACAAGCCGUCUAUGCUGAACCAUUCGUUCUCGAAGAAAUCCAGCCUUCUGCAGCGGCCAUCCAACAUCCUCAGACCUGAAACUCCUACCCUGGAUCUGGAGAAUGUAUCAGAGACACUUCUGGAGAAGAAUAUCAAGGCGAGUCAGAUGAAGUUUGGUUUCCUGGGGCUUGGUAUCAUGGGCAGCGGCAUAGUGAAGAAUCUGCUGAAUUCAGGACACAAAGUCUUAGUCUGGAAUCGCACGGCUGCUAAGUUUGCAAGGCACUUUGAGCGGACUAGAGGAUCAUAA